CCCGGAGCCCGUGGGCGCGGGGGGGAUGCGGGGCCCGCGGCGCCGGCUCCCGGCGCUGCCCGCGCUGCUGUGGCUGGCGCUGGCCCCGCUGCCCGGCCCCGCGGCGCGGGCAGAGCUGCGGGUGCGGGUGCGGCUGCCCGGCGGGCAGGUGACCGAGGAGAGCCUGCAGGCCGACAGCGGGGCCGACUGCGUCAGCCUGGAGCUGCGGGCGGCGGACGGGGCGCUCGUCACGCUCACGGCUGAUUUCAGACAGGAGGUGAAGAUCUUCCGUGCCUUAAUCCUGGGGGAGCUGGAGAGGGGCCAGAGCCAGUUCCAGGCUCUGUGCUUUGUGACGCGGCUCCACCGCAACGAGAUCAUCCCCAGCGAGUCCAUGGCCAAGCUGCGCCAGAAAAACCCCCGGACGGUGCGUCAGGCCGAGGAGGUUCGGGGGCUGGAGCACCUGAGCAUGGACGUGGCUGUGAACUUCAGCAAGGGGGCCCAGCUGAGCCCCCACAUCCACAACGUCUGUGCCGAGGCCAAAGAAGCCAUUUACACCCGCGAAGAAGAUGUCAAGUUUUGGCUGGAGAAAGGGGUGGACGGCUCCAUGUUCGAGGUGCUGCCGCAGGGCUCGGACCUGCCGGAGCUGCAGCGCUGCCGGCUGUGCCCCGACCGCUGGAAGCCCUGCAUCUGCAGCUACUCGCUGAGCAUCGAGUGGUACCCCUGCAUGCUCAAGUACUGCAAGAGCCGGGACGCCGGGGGCAAGGUCUCCUCCUACAAGUGCGGCAUCCGCAGCUGCCAGAAGGGCUACACCUUCGACUACUACGUGCCGCAGAAGCAGCUCUGCCUCUGGGACGAGGAGACUUAGCUUUCCCGAGGCUUUUCCGAGGGGCAGCUCGUCUCCUGCCGCUCUUCGCGAUGCCAAGGGCUCCUGGAGGUGGCUGCUCCGAGGAAGGAGUGCUGUUCACGGUGGUGCCUCGUGCCACGGGAGAGCUCUGCGCGCCUUUCCUUCCGGCCUCCUGCGCCUCCCUCCCCUCAUCCCG